UUUUCCACGAAAAGCCACAUCAUUCCGCCCAAACCGCCGCCAUGCCUUCCGAAGUCAGCGAUAUCAAGCAGUUCAUCGAGAUCUGCAGGCGCAAGGAUGCUAAGUCCGCCCGCAUAAAGAAGAACCCCAAGAGCCAGCAGAUCAAGUUCAAGGUCCGGGCAUCGCGCUUCGUCUACACCCUCGUCCUCAAGGACUCCGACAAGGCCGAGAAGCUCAAGCAGAGCUUGCCUCCGGGGCUUACCAUCUCCGACGUCGGCAAGAAGAACCCCAAGGGCAAGCGCGCUUAGAUGAUAUCUCUUGAUCGGAGGGUUUAGUCGCUGUGACGGUGGAAGAAGGAAUAGAGUCACGACAACAUGUCCAUGCGUGUGGUUGGCAUGCAAGCAGGUCGGUUGGGGGAGUGGGAUGUCCGGCGUCUUACAUCGGAUUGGUUUCUCAAUCAUAUAUGGCAUAUCAGGGUCUGUUCUGGACAAUGACGGGCUCGCGGAAUGAAUAAGUCAAGAAACUUCAACAACAGUGUGCACUGGGUGUUCAUUGGAACGAUUGUUCUACUCUUGCAUUCCCAGCCAGGCGGACUGACUCCCUGUUCGUGUGGC